AUGCUGCGGUUCCUGCGCCGGACCUUUGGCCGCCGCUCCAUGCAGCGCUACGCGCGGGGCGCGGCGGGGCGCGGGGCCGCCGGGCUGGCGGACGAGCGCGACGGGGGGCCGCGAGGGGGCCCGGCCGCCGCUGCCAGCUCCUCGGUGCUGCCCGCCGCGCCCGGGGGCAGCGUGUUCCCGGCCGGCGGCGGGCCCCUGCUCACGGGCGGCGCGGCUGUGCACAUCUCCGCCUCUGGAGCGGCCAAGGCCACCCUCUACUGCCGCGUCUUCCUGCUCGACGGAACCGAAGUGAGCGUGGACCUGCCGAAACAUGCCAAAGGCCAGGAUUUGUUCGACCAGAUCGUGUACCACUUGGACCUGGUGGAAACCGAUUAUUUUGGUCUGCAGUUCCUCGACUCCGCCCAGGUCACGCACUGGCUGGACCAUUCGAAACCCAUAAAGAAACAGAUGAAAGUUGGACCUGCUUACGCUUUGCACUUUCGAGUCAAAUACUAUUCUUCGGAGCCAAACAACCUUCGAGAGGAGUUUACAAGGUACCUGUUUGUUUUACAACUCAGGCAUGACAUUCUUUCUGGAAAACUGAAGUGUCCCUAUGAAACGGCUGUGGAACUGGCUGCUCUCUGUCUGCAAGCGGAGCUGGGGGAGUGCGAGCUCCCGGAACACACACCGGAGCUUGUGUCUGAGUUUCGGUUCAUCCCAAAUCAGACAGAAGCCAUGGAAUUCGAUAUCUUCCAGCGAUGGAAAGAGUACAGGGGAAAGAGCCCUGCCCAGGCGGAACUCUCCUAUCUCAACAAAGCCAAGUGGCUGGAGAUGUACGGGGUAGACAUGCACGUCGUCAGGGGAAGAGAUGGCUGUGAAUAUUCUCUUGGACUGACCCCGACAGGCAUAUUAAUCUUUGAAGGAGCUAACAAAAUAGGCUUAUUCUUUUGGCCAAAGAUCACCAAAAUGGACUUUAAAAAGAGCAAACUGACCCUCGUAGUGGUGGAGGAUGACGACCAGGGCCGCGAGCAGGAGCACACCUUCGUGUUCAGGCUGGACAGUGCGCGCACCUGCAAGCACUUGUGGAAGUGUGCCGUGGAGCACCACGCCUUCUUCCGGCUGCGCACCCCCAGCAACAGCAAGUCCACCAGAUCGGACUUCAUCCGGCUAGGUUCCCGCUUCCGGUUCAGUGGGCGGACAGAAUAUCAAGCUACACACGGCUCCAGAUUGCGAAGGACCAGCACCUUUGAGAGAAGGCCUAGCAAGCGUUACCCAUCCCGGCGACAUUCCACAUUCAAAGCAAGCAACCCAGUGAUUGCUGCUCAGCUCUGCUCAAAAACAAAUCCUGAAGUCCAUAAUUACCAGCCUCAGUACCAUCCUAACGUCCACCCCAGCCAGCCCCGGUGGCGCCCUCACUCUCCAAAUGUCAGCUACCCGCUCUCCUCCCCAGCACUCAGCCCCACAGAAAGGCUGCCUUUCGGCCUCGAGGAGAAUGGGGGCACACCGUUCGCCCCCAAAGUUUCGGGGAGGCACCACCAUCAGCACCAGCACCACUCCAACUAUGGCCUUUCGCUGACCCUGGAGAAUAAGGAGGGGCCGCUGAGGUCCCCAAACUCCAGCAAGGCCCUCACCAAGCUGAGUCCAGGAGCACCUUCCCUGUACAGCGAGGCAGCCGCCCAUCUGAAGAAGCUGGAGCUGGAGACGGUGAAGACAGCGGGACCCUGGCCUGCUCUGCACAUCAACCUCAACAAGGCUGAGGAAAAGAAAGUUUCUGAGAAGACCCUUCAGACCCCGCUGCUGCCGUCCCCGGUGGCGGAUCACGUGAAGUGUAACAUUCUGAAGGCCCAACUGGAGAACGCCUCUCGUGUGAGUGCCCAGAUUGGAAAAGAGGAGCCCACCUUUGUAAAUAUCAAUAAGAAAUCAAGUCUUCAGGACACGAACGUAAGAAGCCCCAUUCCUAUACGUGUGGAAACAGCUCAGCCAGCUGUGGAGAAGCCAGAAAUCAAGCCUCCCCGAGUGAGGAAGUUAACAAGACAAUACAGUUUUAACCGCAGUGAUGAAGAUGACCUCCCUCCAGACCUGGCUGAGGCAGUGGGAGCCACCACAGCCACAACCACAAACACCACGAUGUCUGCCACUCAAGUCUCAGUGCCACUGGCGUCCCCCAAAAUCCAGAAAGUCAGCUCGCCUCAGAAGUCAGAAGUCAAGAGCCCACUGUCUCCAGGGGCCAAGAGUCCCUCUGACCACGGAGGCACCUUUACCUUGGGGCCAGGUGACCUGCUGAUGGAUUUCACAGAAGCCACUCCUCUGAUAAAAACAUUCCCGGCAGAACCGAUGAUGAACCCGUUUCCUGAUCCCUUCAUCACAGGGCCACAGUUCACUGCAGACUUUAGAGAGAACAAAUUGCAGUGCUGCCCUGGCCAGUCUUCCCCGUUGAUUCCCACCGCGACCCUGCGGCCACUGACAGAGACCGUGUCCACAGUCCAGACCAUCUACACCUCCCGGAAGCCCGUCUCUCUGGCAGCCAGUGCAGAGACGCUCCGGCAAGAACUGGAAAGAGAGAAGAUGAUGAAAAGACUGCUGAUGACCGAACUGUGAAACUCUGCCCUUGUUGCCUGGAGAUGGCACGGUGCCUUCGUUCGCUUCCUUUCCUCGGGCUCGGUGUGCUCACUGUGGCGCGAUGACGUACAGAAGUGUGCUCUGUUCGCCCAGGUCUCCAGGGUUAGCGGAAGCCAGCUUCCAGCUUGACUUUGUUGGAAAAGUUAUUUUAUGUCUCCUGAGCAUGAGAGGCUUUUCUAUUGCUCAAUGUGGUGGAGACAGGGUUUGGUAGGAAGUUUCUAGAAGAAAGGGGAUUUCUGCUAAGCGGUACCUGUGUGUAUCUGCUAGUCACCCCAGGGGCUAAAGCAGCACAGAUUCCUCCGCUUGUACUCUCAACUAUGUGACUUUUUUAUGAUCGAAACUUGCACCAAGCUUUGGCUGUUUGUUAAAUGGAUCCUUUUUAAUGAGAGAAUAAUUCUUUACUGCUGGUUUUUCCAUUUACACUGAUAAAUACACAGAUCUUAUAAAAUCAUUUAUUUUUAUUCAGACAUGAGUAGAUGAAUGGGAAAAAAAAAAAGGUUUCACAUCACUACAACUGAAAACCCUUCAGUUUAUCCUGAAACACGAUGGAAUGUGUGAACUCGUUGGAUACAGCAUAACUUGGGAUAAAAGGAGUUUAUCUUUGAGCCCCACAUAGGAAAUGCUAAUUAUGUCGUCUACAAAUCUUGACAAGGUCAAGAUGACUCAGUGUCAGGAAGACUCAUCUGACUUUUCCAGAAAGAGAGAUUAUUUCUAAAUUCUAUUUACUCUAACCAUGUUGACAGAAUCUUGCCCAGAAGAAACUUAGCUCCCUUUUUAUAUAUUAAUUUUCAUGAAUUGCAUUUUUAAAUUUUUAUUAUUCACUUGAAUACCUUUGCAGGAAUUAAGGAGCCCCUACCCACAGCUAGCUCUCUGAAGUUCUUCCUGAUUCUCCCCGAUAUGCUCCGUUUUUACAUAGCUGUGCUCAGCGAGAACAUUCCUUUUGUUAUAUUUCCACCUAACACAAAUCCUUAUUAGACAGAUCCUGCUUUCACCGACUUAAAUGUCUUUAUACCCACACAACAUGGUUAACCUCACUUCUCCCCAUCAUUAGAUAUUUGAGUUAUAUGCAAAUUUUCACUCUUAUAAAUACUGCUGCUAUGAAUGUCUUUGUAAAAACACAUAAAUAAAUAAAUAUAUACAUAUAUAUAUAAAAUCCUUCUCUUGGAUUAUUCCCUUUGGAAUAUCUCCAAAGAGGGAUUACAAGGUCAAAGAGCAUGAAGUAUUUUAUAGCUCUUGUUUUAUAUUGCCAGAUUGCUUUCUAGAAAGAUCCAGUCUUUGGAUUGGAAGGACCUUAAAGGUCAUCUCAUUUAAACUUCCCCUCCUCUGAAUGCUUGAAUCCCCUUUCCAAUUUAUGAUGCCACCAGCAAUGUGCAAGCAUUUCUAUUUAUCAAUUGCUCUGCCAAUACUGGGUUUUGCCAUUCUAAUUUAUUUUUUUUUGCUAGUUUAAUAGAUGUGUAUAGUUAUUCUUGGAAAGCUGUCUUAUUUGAACUGCUAGCAAACUGAACACAUCUGUGCGAUGAGCUUCUAGCUGUGUUCCCGUGUGUGCCAACUGUCCACCUCCAUUUCUUAUGACUGCUUGUUCAAUGGGACUGAUCUUGUAUCUUUGUAUCAGAACUGUAUUUUUAUGUUGUAGAGUUUGCUCUCUCCCUGUCCCUACAACUGAAUGGUGCCAAUAAUUUGAUACUAAUGACUAUAAAAAUUGCCUCAUUGACUAGCUUUGAUGCAAACGAGGUAUGUAAACAGGGGUUCAGAUAACCAAGAAGUAACUCUUUAAGGACUGGCUCUUUACAAUUUUAAUAUUUUUCUGAGGGAACUCUUUCUAACACAUAUGGCACAUUCUCCUGCCUUAGUGCGCAGAGCAUCCUGGAGGGACUUCUGCCCUUUCCUCAUGAAUCCUGGUCGUCAGUGCAAUUUGAUUUGGUACAAAAGAUGUCACCGGGAGCUAUCAACACAUGUGGGACUUGGUGUGGCCUUAUGUAGGCUAUGGCCCUCUUCUCAUUGAUAGCUCUUUAUUGUUGCCUGCUCUAUCAGUGGAACUGUCUGGGGCAAGCAUAGUUUCAGGUGGGUGCUUUUCACCCACGCUGCUCCCAGAUGUACUAGUAAAACGGGCUUUUGCUGCUCUCGAUCAUGUGCACGUGACACAAACCACGUUUCUGUAGAACCUGGGGUUGCCACCUCCUGCCAAUCCAGCAGCCUCUUCCUCUCCGGAGCUACAUUCUGAGGCAUGCACGCCUCCCCACCUUGCUCUCUGAUGGAAACCUCCAAAACACAAGAAGAGGUUUCUGGAGAGGUCAGGAAACAAGAGUUUCCUACAUACCUGGUUUGCUUUGUUUUUUAAGGAGGACUGCAUGGAGGUUCUGGCUGUUGUUUUCAGGGGACUUACAGGCUUCUGCCUUGUCUCCAGCUUUUUUCCCAGGUUCACAGGUGUCUCGGUGGGUUGACAUCACUGCAAGUCUGAGCACAAAUGUGUUGGUUGUUACUGUAUAUGAAAACCCUGUACCAUUGGCAGUUCACCCCAACCAGUAGAAUCCAGAGGAGUGCAUUAUCUUUAGCUGCUUAAAUGUAUAGUUGGGUGCUUGACAUUGGGACCUGAGACUGUGACGUUGCCCUGCCUGAACUCACAAUGACUAUAAGGAGUUGCGUAAUUGUUUACCUUUUCUGUCUACUUUAAGACCCAAACAAUAGCACUAGAAGGUCACAUGACACCCACUGUGGAUUCAAGAGGGCACAGGAGAGUCUGCUAACAUAACCAUUCCAGAGCCGGGCCUCUAAAGUGUGGCCGCAGACUCCUCAAUGAGAAGGUGUGGUGAGUUACUUCAGAGGUCUGGCAACCCUCAACCCAGAGUUGAUGGGGCGAGGACAGCUCAGAUUUCCAGGUGUGAGAAAGGAAGUCAUUUCGCACUUAGAAAUUCCCACCAGUAUAUAUCCAGAAUUUGAUUCCAAAGAGCACAGGAAGAUUCCCGAUAUCAUUGUUAACCUUCACCAUUUCAAAGAUCACAGACCUUUAAAGUCCUUGAAUAAAAUCCACCAUUUUAAUGAC